AUGGCACCGCGGAGGUCCAAGCCCGCUCCACCACCCCAGCCAACCCGUACGCUGGUCGUCGACAAUGGAGCGCACACCCUAAAAGCCGGUUUCGUCACAGCCGACGCCAUCGACGAGCCCACCGUCAUCCCAAACUGCAUCGCCCGUGACAGGACCAGGAAGACGUACGUCGCAUCCGACCUUUCGAAAUGCAAGGACUUUGGCGAGGUUUCCUUCCGAAGACCAGUCGACAAGGGAUACAUUGUCAACUGGGAGGCCCAAAAAGAGAUCUGGGACCACGACUUCUUCAACCACGACGCGCCGCAGAAAUGUGAUCCUGCCGAGACAAGGCUCAUCCUGACAGAGCAGCCCAACUCCAUCCCUGCCCUGCAGACCAACUGUGAUCAGAUGGUCUUCGAGGAGUUCGGCUUUGCCAGCUACUAUCGUGGCAUAGCGCCGGCAUUCAAUGCAUACCACGACGUCCAAGCCAUAUUCCGAACCCCUGAACGCGACCCAGAUGCCAUGAGCAAACUGCCCGCCGAGCUGAUCCUCCUGAUCGAUUCUGGUUAUUCCUUCACCACCGUCACGCCAGUCUUCCAGGGCCGCCCCUUACAAUCCGCCAUCCGCCGCCUCGACGUUGGCGGCAAGUUCCUGACCAACUACCUGACCCGCCUACUUUCACUCAGGCACUACGAUAUGCGAAAUGAUACCUACAUCGUCAACGAGAUCAAAGAGAAGGCAUGCUACGUCUCGCUGGACUUCAAGGGCGACCUAGAAAAGACCUGGAAAGGAACGCGCGGCGAGAGACGAGAGCCAUACGUUACAGGAGCUGGAAUAGCAAAGGACUACGUUCUCCCAGACUUCCACACCCGCUCGGCCGGCAUCGUGCGCGAUUUCGAUCCCACAACGACCGCCAAGCAGCGCAAGCUGGCAGCCGCCGCGUCCAACGAGGACAUCCUGACCCUGCGCAACGAGCGCUUCGUCAUCCCCGAGCUCUUCUUUAACCCAUCCGACGUAGGCAUGCAUGUGCCAGGCCUCGCCGACCUGGUGAAGCAGUGCCUGGACGCGCUGCCCAUAGGGCUGUGGCCCGGCCUGCUGGCGAACAUAGUUGUGGUGGGCGGCAACGCGCAGUACGACGGCUUCAUCCAGCGCCUGCAGAAGGAGAUUGUCCAGCGGGUUCCCGACGAGUCCAUCGUUAGGGUCGCCAGGCCGGCGGACCCGAUCUGCAAUACUUGGCUUGGCGCCGCCAACUUUGCGAGGCAUGCGCAUGUCGAGAGCCUGGCCGUCACGAAGCAGGAGUAUGAGGAGAACGGAGCGGCGUGGGUUGCGAGGAAGUUCGCCGUCGGCCUAGGCCAAGACUGA